GCACAUCAUGUGGUGAUGUGUUUCAUUGAAAAGCUCAGAAGCAUUGAGGUCUGUGCCACACACUGUUGAACAAAACUAUCGAGGUACCUUGCAAUCAUAGCAAGAUGACAGACCACGGGAAAGAAGACACUCCACUUAUCAAACGUAAUAAGCAAGUUGUCUUAACACCGAAAGGACCUGACGGGUGCUUCCAGCAACGCUACAUCUUGUCCUGCCUGGCCUUCUUCGGCUUCUUCAAUGUAUUUGCGUUGAGGGUGAAUCUGAGCGUGGCACUUGUUGCCAUGGUGAAUCAGACCAAACUCAGGCUCAGCGUGAACACAUCAGAUGAGUGCGACUACGAGAGGAAAAAUCAGACGGAUCCACUAAAUUCACGAGGGGAGUUCAACUGGAGCCCAGAAACACAGGAACUCAUCCUUGCAGCAUUUUAUUACGGUUACAUCAUCACCCAAAUCCCAGGAGGACUACUUGCAGAGAGAUAUGGUGGAAAGUGGCCAUUUGGUAUUGGUGUUUUGGCUACAGGAGUUUUGACGCUUCUCUCACCCAUCGUAGCAAAGACAAGUGUCUACCUGUUCAUAGCUCUGAGGGUUGCUGUGGGUUUGUGUGAGGGUUUGACGUUUCCGUCCAUCCAUUCGAUGAUGGGAAAGUGGGUACCUCCCCUUGAGAGAAGUCGCCUCGUCUCAUUAGCAUAUUCUGGUAUGCAAAUCGGUGUGGUGGUGUCUCAGCCAAUCUCUGGCCUUCUCUGUCAGUACGGCUUUGCAGGAGGAUGGCCAUCGGUUUUCUAUGUUUUUGGACUCUGCGCAUGUGUGUGGUUUAUUUUCUGGUGUUUCCUUGUGUACGACUCGCCAUACACCCACCCCAGAAUCUCAGCAGAGGAAAAGGAAUAUAUCCUCACAUCUAUUGGUGACUGUGAAAAGCAUCAAGAACCCACUCCCUGGAGACAUAUUCUCCGCUCCCGCUCAGUUUGGUGUCUGGUUGUGACGCACAUGUGUGGCUCUUAUGGAUAUCACUGCCUACUCACCAACCUGCCAACCUACAUGAAGACAAUCUUACAUUUCAACAUGAAUGAGAAUGCUUUUCUCUCCUCUCUGCCAUACCUGAUGUCGUUCAUGACACAAUGGAUUGCUGGAGCCAUCGCCGAUUUCUUGAUAACCAAGAGAAUCCUUUAUACCGUCACUGUCAGGAAACUAUUUACAUCGCUGGGUAUGUUUGGUCCUGCUGCAUUUCUUUUUGCUGCUGGAUACGUGGGUUGUAACUACGCUGCAGCCGUCAUCCUUCUCACCCUCAGUAUUUCAAUGAAUGGAUUUGCUGUCCCGGGAUUCCUGACAAAUAUUGUCGAAAUUGCGCCAAAGUUUGCUGGAUCAGUGAACGGGCUCGUCAAUACGUUUGGCACUGCAGCGGGAAUAAUAUCUCCAGCAGUAGUUGGAGCACUCACCAACAACAAUCAAACGCAAGGGCAAUGGAGAAUCAUUUUCAUCAUAGCAAGUUGUACAGCCAUCUUUGGUGGAAUAGUCUACAUCAUCUUUGCAAAAGGAGAGCGAGAGUUUUGGAGCUACAGUCGCAAAUCUGUCAUUUAUUAUCAUGGACUUUCAGAUAAGGAACGGGCGAGGCUCUUAUCAAUAGCAAGGAAAAAUCAUUGCAAAACAGUAGAGACUAACAACAAGGAAUAUGGGACUUGUGAGACAAUUGAUUAAGGAUGAUAGUCUCAUAGCUGAACUCCUGAAACUUUAUACACCAAUAGAUGAUAUCACUACGAAAUGAUAUCACUACCCAACAAGGUGAAAAAAUAAUUUGAUAAGUCUAUUUAGUUAUCAUUUCUUAAAAUUUGUCACAGUUUUACUUGCCCGGCCAAUACUUGGCGGACAGUACUAAACAGCCUUUGAAAACUUCCAAUGGAAAUAGUUUUAAAAAGAAGGGCCUAAAAUAGAAAACUGGAGGCCACCAGAAAACUGUAAACUGCCAAAUUUUCACACGCUUUUUUCCCCCGACGAAAAUACCUGUGAUUCACUAAAAGAAAGACAUUUCGGGGUCCCCCAAAAUAAAAAUCAGAAAAAUAUUUUUAAAAGUUUUAGUUUUCUUUUGCGAUUUCCCGAAAAUGAUGAGGCGCGAAAUCUUGGCUGUUCACCGCAUGAGACGGUUAUUGAAAUGUAUUCAUGGAUGUUUACCUGUAAUGCCCACACUCCUUCAUCAUGCACCCGUAUCGUUGCCACGCACCUCUGCUGACCCAGGGACCACAACCGCACGGUACCAUCCGA